AUGAAUCUUGAUCAUGACCAUCAACUCUGGAAAAGCAGCUGCCAUGAACCUCUCCAGCUUCACCCACCUCUAAAACAGCCUCUCAAAUCUUCAACUCUGGACUCUCCUUUCCCAUCGCCCCCCUUCGAUGCUGCAAUGCUGAAGCCGGGAUAUCCGGGAGCAUUGUCCCUGCACCACUACCGGAGGUUUCUUUCGCAGGAUGACGGCUUCAUCGCCCUGAACCGCAACGGAGGGAAGACCCUGCGGCGUAAAAACGCAGCCUUGGAUCUGAACAAAAGUCAAACGAGCUUGACGCCUCCAUUGUGUUCGUUUUCCGUCUCGUCUGCGGCGUCGAGCCCGCCUCCGCUGUCGCCGUCAUACUCACCCAGUCCCGUCUCACACCGAGGUGAGAAUGAGGCUGGACUUGAUGAAUCACUCUUUUCCUUUCCAUCCGGUUUCUCAGACAUCAACACUUCAGAGCAAACGCUCCGUCCGAGUCCCGCACAUAGCCCGCAUCAAUUGCUGGAGACUUUCCGAGCUAGGCUCGCCCGGUUCCCGGAGCCAGAGCCACAGGAGCAAACAUUCACUCCCGGACAUACCAAAGCCCGCUCGGAUUCGAUGCUACUGGAACUGCGCCGCCCAAUCGCCACAGUUGAGCAUCAGGGGGCCUCCUUCGAAAUCCUUAAUCCGCAUGAAUCGUUGAAAUUCGCCCGGAUAGUCUCAUACAUUGAAGACGUGGAUCAUUCGUCCCUCACAGACGACCAGCGGGACUCGUUUAACGCAACACAAGCUAAAAACGAGACCUUGAUCUUGGAGCAGGACGAGCCCGUUGAGGCAAGUCAUGACAACGACCAGGGCCACAACUAUUACAUAUCCGACGCCGACGAAGAAAAAGCCCACUACGAACUCAUCGGCGACUUGCCGCAUCACCCGAUACCAUCUAUCUCCGAACGAUUAGAGGGAAAUGAGACCGAUAUCCCGCAAUCUCAUAUCUGGAGCUCGCCUCCGCAGUCCAGACCGAUAACAGCGCAAUCAUAUGGAAGUGAACUCGGGGAACCGGGGUCCUCGGUUCUAGCCUCAUACGACGGGGGAGGGUGGACGGGUACUACGGACGAUAUUCUCGCGAUGAAGUAUGAGGAGAUGCAGCGGCGCGACUCGACCAGGAGGUCUUUGUCAGAUCGGAAGAAGCGCGGGAAGCGCAAUCCGUUUAAGAAGUUACGCGACUUUGCGAGUGCCCUGCGAAGGGGCCGGCUUUUUCGAUGA